AGGGAAAAGGCAUAUAUUUAGGAAGAGAUCAAUAAAAAAAUUAAGAAGAAGGCAUAAUAAGAAAGAAUUAAGCAUAGUGCUCUUGUGAAUAGGGCAAGAAUGAAACUGAUGAAUGCUAGGAAUUAAGCUCUAAUGAAGAUCUAUUCUGAUGAACUGACUAAUAAUGAUAAUCAUAGUCUUAAUACUAAAUCUAUAAGAUGAUUAGAUAGGAUGAGCGAUUUUAUGAAGAAUUGCUCAAGAAUUUGAUUGCGCAUGGAUUAAUAAAAUUAUUUGAACGUGAGGUUGUAAUUAGGUAUUCUUCCUAUUAAAUGGAAGAUGUUUACAUCUAGAUAUCAGACACGCUAAGAAUGUGACAGAUGUGGAUGAAGACAAAGGUUUGGAUGAAAGAAGUCUUUUAGAUAAUUCCUUAAAGGGAGUUCAAGACUAUUCCUUACAAGAAUCUGCCUCUGAUUAAUUUGACAUACCUAUUGCAUCAAGGUUAUUUCUAAAACAGAGAAUGAUAAGAAAUAUUUUUAUGGAAUAUUGAUGACUAAUAAGGAGGGACUGAUAGUCUACAAAAACACAUUGGAUGUCAGAACAGGGAGUGCAUUAUUUGGAAAGUGAAG